GCCAUGGCCUCCAAAAUCGGUCCCGCUCUCAAACCUUUCCUCCGUGCGCAGCAGACCUCGUUCCCGUCGAACGGCCAUGGUGCCUUCGUUCCCCAGGCGCGGAAGCUAGUCUUCGAGUUCUGUGACAACUGGGCAUCCUCUACCAACCUGCGCACAUAUAUCCACCACCGCCUCGAAGACCUCGCCCGCCAAAACCCCCAUGUUGAGUUUGUUGUCAGGAGGAGGAGUCACCGGGAACCCGUUAUUCGCGGUUUCUACAUCAACAACCGAGACAAAGUCAUUGGCUUGAAGGGCUUCGAAGUGAACGGGAUCGAGCAGAAGGUUCAAAUCCUGCUCGAUUCUUCCGGUGCCAAGAUCAAGCCGCUCAAGAGGGAUGCGGUGGUCAGCCGGACGGAGGCGGCAAGAGGUAUCUGGAGCGGGCUGCAUGUUGAGGAGCCGUUCAGGAUAUGAGCACGCUUGUUGGUAUUGUGGGGUCGGUAGGCCAGCAGUACGUGUAGAUUUACCUCAUUUCACUGCUUAAUUCAUCUGUUAUCGAAC